GUCUGACAUAGACCCCCCUCUCCACGUCACACAUUAUUGGUCCAUUUUAUGCAACCAGAGUGCCACAUGAUUUUAUAGCAGACCUCGGACAAAGCCAGGCUACGCAGGGAGUUAACACUUCUCUUCAAACUUUGAGAAUUUGCUUUACCACCGUCGAACAUGGCCAGCAAAAUCACCCCUCUUCUUUUCCGGGCACUGGUUGAGAUGUCUGAAGUACACUCUUCAAAAGUUGUACGAGGAAAUCCCAUCAGAGCAAAUAUCAGACACCUGGGCAGCUGUGGGGUCCUGUCAGCACGGCGUGCCACCCUUCCCCUGUCUUCCCCCCUCCGGACCACACCCUCCCGCAGCUUCAUUAACCUGGCUGCCUCCAUCACUGCCCACAGGAUGGAGUACUCUGAGAGCCGCACACUAGGGUACACUCCAGAGCAGAUGUACAGUGUGGUGGCCAGUGUGGACCAGUACCAGCACUUUGUCCCUUGGUGUAAGAAGUCCCGGGUUGUGAAGGGAAGGAACGGGGAUGUCCGGGCCCAGCUGGAGAUUGGGUUCCCUCCCAUCGUGGAGCGUUACACCUCGGAGGUCACGGUUGUCCCAAACCACCAAGUCAGGGCCGUGUGUACAGACGGAUCCCUCUUCAGCCACCUGGAGACGAUAUGGAGGUUUGCCCCUGCAGCCGAGGACCAACCCGACUCCUGCAACAUCGACUUCCACGUGUCCUUCGAGUUCAGGUCUCUGCUGCACUCCCAGCUGGCCACCCUGUUCUUUGACGAGGUGGUGAAGCAGAUGGUGAAUGCCUUUGAGUCGCGGGCAGCCAAAAUAUACAGGGGGCACCACGCCCCUUCCAGGAGGCGCCAGCGAGGAGACAAGCAGCAUGAGAAGACCCCCACUCACUGACACGGACUGAAAUAAGACCCACUCCCUACCACCAUCCCCACCUGAAACCCCUCACAACUCCAUUUCACCAUGUCUUAUGCAGGAGACUGGGUCUUCUCUUUUGGGUUUUGUUCUUGUGUACACAAAAGCACCUAUUUAUUUGUAUUACAGAAACUUGAAUUUAUUUACUUGAAUGUACAUACUAUUUUUUUAUUUGGGAUGGAAGUGGAUGUUUUGUUGUCAAAUGUUGAUGUUUGAAAGGGACCUUCUUAUUUAAGUUACAGAAGACGAAGUGACUCCUUUGUGGUGUUCAAAAACAUCUGAGAGGUCAGCUUUUUCUUCCUGGCACUAAUACAAUAAUAUUUUUUUUGUCUGAAUGGAAAAUUAAACAAAGCUCAUUUUGA